CUUAAUUUUGUUAUCUGAGCUAGAGAAUUAUAUACGUGUAUAUAUAUAUAUAUAUAUACAUCCACAGAAGAGAGAUGUUCCCUCGCAUGUGCUUCAACUUUGACAGGCUUCUUCAUAGGAAGAAGAAGGAUGAUCGUGGGGCCAUCACUGCUAAAGUUGACGGCCGAGAUUUGCACUGCCACUCCGUUAUCUGCAACAGGAAUCAAAGGAUGAGCCCUGACGGAUUCACGCUCCGAGCUCAUAAAAGAGACAGCAGCAGCAGGAACGAAGAGAUCAAAGAGAGGAAGCGAGAGAUGGCGAACAAGAGUCGCCAAGCAGUCUCAGAUCUCAUCCACCGCGGCCUUCGGUCCUGCACACCGUUGGCAGCGCCAACGCCGGAGCUAUUCGAAAUAUGCAUGGAAGAAGUAAAAUCAGCCUCCAAAUCCUUCACUGCCCACCUCCUCUCCCUAAUGCGCGCCGCCCACUGGGACAUCUCCGCCGCUGCCCGCUCCAUCAUCGAGCACGCCUCCUCCUCUGACCCCGCCGACACCUCUGACCACCACCUGACCAUCCCCCACGUCCCCCACGUCAACCCGACCCAUGCCAAGCACGCCCUCGAGUCCUACGUCACCCGCAAGAUCUUCCACGGCUUCGAGAAUGAGACCUUCUACAUCGAUGGCUCCCUCUCCUCCCUCCUCCACCCCUCCGAGUUCCGCAGUGACUGCUUCUCCCAGUUCCGUGACAUGCGCCACAUGGACCCAGCCGAGGUCCUCGGCAUCCUCCCCAGUUGCCACUUUGGCAAGUUCGCUGCCAAGAAGUACCUCUCCAUGGUGCACCCCAAGAUGGAGGAGUCACUAUUCGGCAGCACCGAGCAGAGGCGGCAAGUGAUGGAUGGGGCCCACCCGAGGACGGGGUUCUACGGGGAGUACCUGAGGAUGGCGAAGGCCGUGUGGCUGCUGCAUCUGUUGGCGUUUGCAAUGAAGCCUUCGCCGAGUCAUUUUGAGGCGAGUAAGGGAGCGGAGUUUCACCCAGAGUAUAUGGAGAGUGUGGUGAGGCUGGCGGGGGGGGGGGGGCGGGUGCAGAGUGGGUGGGUGGUUGGGUUCUCGGUUGGGCCUGGGUUUAAGCUCGGAAAUGGGUCGGUGGUCAGGGCCAGAGUGUAUUUGGUGCCUAGAGUCAGAGACCUCAUUUGAUUUACGUGUUUGUGUGUGGGUCUUUGUGUGUGUGUGUGUGUUUGUUUUUGAAGUUUUGAUUGUGAGUCGCAAAGCUAUGCGAGUGAUAUUGGAUGUGCUUGCGUCUGUAGUUUAGUCUAUGGUAUGUAUUGUGUGUGUUAAGUCUACUUAAUCUAAUAUGAUUAGUAUGUUUUUUUUCUGAAAAUAUAUGAUUAGUAUGUUUUGGUA